AUGCCAAUCUAUAUCGCCAUCGGCUAUGGUGACCGGGCUGGCUACGACCGGACCCCGGAACACAUCAGACAGGCAGCCCACGAUCACGAUGCAUGGCUCAAACAGCGCGGCGUCACAAUGGGCAUCGCCGGAACGCCGGUCCAGGUGCGCAACCCCAACGGAGGCGGCGUCCAGACCGAACCCGGCCCCUACCUCUCGGCGGGCCUGCCGAUCGCCGGUUUUUCGAUCAUCAAAGCAAACGACAUGGACGAAGCUGUCGCACUUGCCGCGAAAUCGCCCUGCGCCGUCGCCCACGACGUUGUCGAAAUCUGGCCGCUCAACGAGGGCUAG